AUGGUUAGAGGUCAUAAAACCGCUUCUUUUAGAGAAGUCUGUUUGCAGUUAGGCUUACUUGAAUCUGAUUCCUAUAUAGAAAAGGCAUUAGAGGAAACUGCUCAUUUCCAGAUGCCUUAUUUGUUAAGGUCUUUAUUCGCAAUGCUUCUAUUCUAUUACUCUCCACAAAAUCCCAAACAUCUUUGGCAAUCAUUUGAAGAGCAUCUAUCUUCUAAUUACAAACGAAAUUUAGCACAUCGUCACUGCACACCGCUAGAGAUUAAAAGAAAAGUUCUUCUGGAUAUUAAUCUAACAUUGGAGAACAUGAGAAAAAACCUUGAUGAUUAUCAUUUCCUUGAAUAUUCCUUUACAUCCUGUCACGGUGGCCAGCUGACCAAAGAAAUUCAAAGUGAAAUAGCCAUACCUAUUGCUCCAGAAGAUCUGCUUCUUCCUCAAAAAUUGAAUUCUAGGCAGAGAUAUGCAUUUGAUUUAAUUCUGGAUUCAAUAUCCAGCUCAAAAGGUCAAGCUUUCUUUGUAGAUGAUCCAGGUGGAACGGGUAAAACUUUCUUAUAUCGCGCGCUUCUCGCUUCUCUUCGCUCACAAGGAUAUGUGGCAAUUGCAGUUGCCACAUCUGGUGUCGCGGCGUCACUCCUUCCUGGUGGUAGAACCGUACAUUCACGGUUUAAGAUUCCUUUGGAUUUUUCAAAACAAAAAACUUGUCAAUUAAGCAAGCAGAGCAGUGUUGCAAGGCUCAUUGUUGAUGCUAAAUUAAUUUUGUGGGAUGAGGCUUCAAUGGCAAAAAAGGAAGCAAUAGAGGCGUUUCAUUGUCUUCUUAUAGAUAUAAUAGAAUCUGAUCUGCCCUUUGAAGGAAAAACUAUUGUUUUUGGCGACGAUUUUCUCCAAACCCUGCCAGUUAUUGAACAUCUACCUACAGCAGAUUUGGUUCAAUCAACUCUUUUAUAUUCGCAUUUAUGGUCUCAUAUGUGUAAGUUACAACUAGGAACGAAUAUGAGAGCUGCCUUAGAUCCAGGUUUUCAGCUUUUUGCUUAG